AUGCCCCGGAGGCCGCGCUGCUGCGGGACCCCCCUUGCCCCGUCGCCAAGCAGCCGCGGCGUUGUCCCGCUCUUUUCACUCCUUCGUUGCCUGGCCCUCUUCCCACCUCCCGAUUCCAGACCGACUUGGGCGGCCUGUCCGCUGUGGGCAGAGCUAGCUGCUCUGCUGGAAGCAAUUAGGGAGAGCAGUAUCUGUUUUCUUCUGUUUGCUGUUCUCUACAUUGUUUCCUACUUCAUUAUCACAAGAUACAAAAGGAAAGCAGAUGAGCAAGAGGAUGAAGAUGCCAUUGUUAACAGAAUAUCGCUGUUCUUGAGCACCUUCACUCUAGCAGUUUCAGCUGGUGCAGUCCUGCUUCUACCUUUCUCAAUAAUCAGCAAUGAGAUCCUGCUUUCUUUUCCGCAAAACUACUAUAUUCAGUGGUUAAAUGGCUCACUAAUUCAUGGUUUAUGGAAUCUUGCUUCUCUUUUUUCAAAUUUAUGUUUGUUUGUGUUGAUGCCCUUUGCCUUUUUCUUCCUGGAAUCAGAAGGAUUUGCUGGCUUAAAAAAGGGCAUCAGAGCACGCAUUUUGGAAACCCUUGUAAUGCUUAUUCUGCUUGCACUGCUUAUCCUUGGAAUCGUAUGGGUGGCUUCAGCACUCAUAGACAAUGAUGCUGCCAGUAUGGAAUCUCUGUAUGACCUCUGGGAAUUCUACCUCCCAUAUUUAUAUUCCUGUAUAUCACUGAUGGGAUGCUUGCUACUUCUGUUAUGCACGCCAGUGGGACUGUCGCGGAUGUUUACAGUAAUGGGUCAGUUGCUGGUGAAGCCAACAAUCCUUGAAGACCUGGACGAGCAGAUGUAUAUCAUCACUUUAGAGGAAGAAGCAAUUCAGAGGAAGCUUAAUGGUGUAUCUUCCACUGUGGAAUACCAGACGGUGGACUUGGAGCGGGAGCUUGAAAAAGUGAAAAGCAAGAAAACCAAUCUAGAACGGCGGAAAAAGGCUUCUGCGUGGGAAAGGAAUUUAGUCUAUCCAGCUGUUAUGAUAUUGCUGCUGAUUGAGACAUCCAUCUCCGUCCUCUUAGUUGCUCUCAACAUUCUUUACCUGUUGGUUGAUGAGACUGCAAUGCCAAAGGGAUCAGGGGGGCCUGGAAUAGGAAGUGCCUCCCUAUCCACCUUUGGUUUUGUGGGAGCAGCACUUGAAAUCAUUUUGAUUUUCUAUCUCAUGGUAUCCUCUGUCGUCGGCUUCUACAGUCUUCGUUUUUUUGAAAAUUUCACUCCCAGGAAGGAUGACACAACUAUGACAAAGAUCAUUGGAAACUGUGUCUCAAUCUUGGUGCUGAGUUCUGCUUUGCCAGUGAUGUCAAGGACACUGGGAAUCACCAGAUUUGAUCUGCUUGGAGACUUUGGAAGGUUUAACUGGCUGGGGAACUUCUAUAUUGUAUUAUCUUACAACUUGCUCUUUGCUAUCAUGACAACGUUAUGUCUGGUCAGAAAGUUCACUUCCGCUGUGCGUGAAGAGCUCCUGAAGGCAUUAGGAUUAGAUAAACUUCAUCUGUCGAACAAUCCAAGAGACUCGGAGACUAAGCCGUCUGCGAAUGGGCAUCAGAAAACACUGUGAUUAACACUCGCCUGCAGUCAACAGAGCUGAAAACAUCAACCUCAUGG